UCCCUAACCCUAACCCUAACCCUAACCCUAACCCUAACACUAACACUAACACUAACACCAACCCUGUGGAGAGGGGGGGAUCCCCUAGUGUCAACGUGUCUGCUGCACCCUCUCUCUCAGCCUCCACCCCUGACUCAGCAAGCCCUAGUCAGACUUCCAUCCCAGUGCCGCCACAUAUGGUGCCCCCUGUAGACAAUCCUUUGCGCCAGAGGCGGGGCUUUGCUGCUGUGGCCAAACGUGUGAUCCUGGAGGGGAGGAUGAGGAGGGCUGACGAACAUGAAAAGGGAGAAGAGGAAGAUGAAGAGGAAGAUCUGAGCUUUGAGGAGCUCCAGGAGAAAGCCGAAGCAGGAGACCCUAAAGCACAGAGUGCUUUAGGUAAACACUACCUGAAGCUGGCAGCAGAGGGCGACACUGAAGGUCAUAAUCUCCAGGCGGUGGAGUGGCUGCUAAGGGCAGCUAGACAGGGUCGGAGGGAUGCAGGCAGACUACUGCAGCGCUGCUGGGUACAGAGGAAAGGUAUCACUCCAGAGAAUGAGACAGAGGUGCGUGAGCUGGCGACAGAGAGUAAGUUUGAACAGGCUGUUCGCCGCGCUGCCAUGAUGAUGUACUGGAAACUAAAUCCUGACAGGAAGCAAAACGUGGCCAUGUCUGAGAUGCUGGAGAAUGUCAGCAAGGUCAACGCAGGGCCAGCAGGUGCCGUAUGCAGUGGAAGGCUUGACACAAACACACAGAGAAAAGUUCUGGAGACCAUGGUGACCAGUAAAGGCUCCCAGUAUGUGGAUGUGGACAGGUUUGUUGAGAUGACUAAAAAUUUUGCACAGGGCAUCAACUCCUCACCUCUGCAGAACAGCAGUGACACGAAGCGUAUGUUGAAGAGUAAGUGGGCAGGCAGUGGGAUGCUGUUGACCACCAAACGUAGUGAUGCCAUGAAGAGAGCAAUGGACAUCAAAGCCCACUUCCUGGGCCUACAGUAUCCCCUGCACCUGGUCCUGGAGGUUAAGGAGCACCUGGUGGACUGGGCAUCACGUGCAGGUGUACAAUGGCUCAGUACCAUCAUUCCCACCCAGCACGUCAACGCUCUCAUCUUCUUCUUCAUCAUCUCCAACCUCAGUGUUGACCUGUUCACCUUCAUCAUCCCCCUUCUCAUUUUCUACCUGGCAUUCGUUUCCAUGGCAAUCUGCACGUUGAGGGUAUUCCGCAGUAGUAAGGGCUGGGAGAACUUCCAUGCGUUCACCACUCUGCUGACCCAUUUCGAGCCUGGUCUGGACGUGGAGCAGGCAGAGACACACUUCGGCUGGAACAACCUUGAGCAGUACAUCUACUUCAUGGUGUCAGUGUGUUUUGUCAUCUUCAGCUUCCCUGUGGCGGAUAAGCACUGGAUCCCUUGCUCUGAGCUCUCCACAGUGGCAAUCUUCUUCACAGUGCUGAGCUACUUGUCCCUGAGCCCGGCGAUGGCUGCUUAUGCUCGCAGGGCCCUGGUCAUCGAGGUGGCAUCAUCGUUGUGUGCUCUCACCGGUUACCUGCCCAAAGACAGGGAGACCAUGCGAAUGCUGGGCUGCACCUUUGCCGAGGUGCCGCUGGGGGAAUCGGUGAUGCUGACCCUCAGCCUCCCCUGCUUGCUGUACAUCUACCUCUUUUACCUGUUCUUCAGCAUGGCUCGUUUGCGUGGAUUUAGAGGAACAUACUGUUUCCUGGUGCCGUAUCUGGUCUGCUUCAUGUGGUGGGAGUUCUCUGUGGUUCUGCUGCAGAACUCCACCCCCAUUGGCCUCAUCCGUACCUGUGUUGCCUACUUCCUGUUCCUGUUUGCCCUGCCUGUGCUGGCACUGGGUCUGGGGGUCAUGUUGCUGAUCCAGAUGGCCAAGUGGUUCCUGGAGCUUGAGCUGACUAAAAUGUUGGUGACGUUGGCGGUGUGUGCCGUGCCCGUCACCCUGCGUCUGUGGACCCGCUUCAGCCUGUCCAUCCUGAACGUGCUUCGCUCCAUCACGCACCGUGGCCCAGUGAAGCUCAUCCUGCUCUGCCUCACCACCGUGGUGCUGCUCUGUGGCACCUAUGUCUACAGUGCUGAGGGACUGAAAGUCUACAACUCCACUCUCAAUUGGCAGGAGUACAGCAGGCUGUGUGGGCCACCUGCCUGGGCCCAGCAGGGUGUGGCUCAGACCCAGCUCCUGUGUAGUCACCUGGAGGGUCACCGCAUCACCUGGACCGGAAAGUUCCGCCAUGUCCGUGUAGCUGAGACAGAAAAUGGGGCCCAGUCUGUUAUCAACCUGCUGCCAGUAUUCAUGGGCGACUGGCUGCGGUGUCUGUAUGGGGAAGUGUACCCUACCUGUGAGACACAUAACACCAGCACACUGACAUACAACCAGAUGGGCGUAAACAUGACUCCCCCUAACACCUUCACUCUGCUCCAACAGCAGGAGAAGGAGGAGCUCUGUCGCAUCAAAACUGUGGCUAAACACCACUGCCAUGUCAAACGUUUCGACAGCUACCGCUUUGAGACGACGGUGGGCAGGCCAGUGGAUGGAGUGAUGGAGCACGAUGACCCGGCUGGAGAUAUUAUACUCUCUGCCAGUCAUGAGUUUAAGCAGGUGCUUCUGAACCUAGACCCUGGCAGCAUGGUGGAGUUUAGUACCAAGCUGGAGGGAAAGCUGGGUGCCAGGUUACCUGUAUUUGAGCUCAAAGCCAUCCACUGCCUAGACUGCAGCUCCUCACUGCUGCCUGAGGGGAGGCAGGUCAAGAUCGAACGCAACUGGAGAAAGAGCACUCAGGCAGCCAUGAAAUUUACCUUUGACUUCUUCUUCUCCCCAUUUCUCUCUGCCAGGAUCAGUGUGUGAUGGAGAGAGAGAAAGUGAGAGGGAGAAGAAACAGAGGCUGUCUAAAAGAGUCUCCAGUAUAAGUAGUAAACUUGGUCAAAUGUUGCUGCAGCCCUAGUGCUACAGAAGUCUGCUUAAGUAAAAGCCCUCCAGAGGUUGACUGGAGCUAGCACAGAGGAUCUGUGGCUACAUGUAUUGUUUACAGUGAUGUUGGUGUUUUGAUUUCCAUUGUGUGGGUGUUUACUGUAGUGGGCAGUGUUUAGUGUAGGUGGGUUUUUACUGUAGUGGGUAGUGUUUAGUGUAGUGGGGGUGGUUUUUAGUCCAGUACUGUGGGUAAUCCAUGCUGUUCAGCACUCUUGGUUUAAAUUUCAGCAGUACCUUAUGCAUAUCAAUAUAGCACCAAGUUUUGAUGUGAGAAUAAAGUUGUCUUUAUAUGAUUUCAGAUGGCAAUCUUAAAAGCAGCAUUUUAGCAGUGUUUUGUGGUAUAAAUUAGGAUAGCAAUACUGUUGAGGACCCCGAUGUACUGUUAAACAUUUUUUUUUUUUUUUUUUUUUGCAAA